AUGAUCGGCGUGCGGAGGGGCGGCCGGGUGUCCAUCCCGCUACUGGCCCUCCUGGCCUUCGGCUUUGUGGCCCUCUUCUGCCUCGGUGUCCUCUGGGUGGGCCAGGGCGCCCCGAUGUCGCGCAUGAUCUCCGCCCGGGUGUCCCUCAGCCUCGGGGGGAAUUUGGCCGGCGGCGCCGACGGCGGCGGCGAUCCCGACCAUGAGGAUGCCCCCGGGCCCGGCACCGCCGUCCGUCGGCCCUGGUUCAACAACGACAUUCGCCUGGACGGGGAGAACAUCUGCCGUCAGGCGGCCGCCGGGCCACGCGACGAGCCCCUCGACGGGGUGGCCGUCGACUUCCCCAAGGAGUGGGGCGUCUUCGCCAUCGGGUCCUACCCGCGCUCCGGGAACUCCUUCCUGCGACUGCUGCUCGAAAAGUGGACCGGCGUCUGCACCGGGUCCCUGUAUAAUGACCAUCGGCUGCGGAACUCCGGCUGGCGCUGCGAGGGUCUGGUCGACACGGACACCGUGCUGUUCGUCAAGUCCCAUGACCCGAUGUUCCGCCGCCAUGCCCAGGAGCUGGAGGCCCCCUUCGAGCGCGUCAUCCACAUCAUCCGCAACCCCUUCGACUCCAUCCGGUCGUACUACCACCUGGAGCAGACUGGCACCCAUGACUUCCACGAUGACAAGGCCCGCCCCGAGAAGUGGGACUACUAUGCCCGUAAGCAGCCCGGCCUGUGGCUGGAGAACUAUAGAUACUGGGCCGCCUUCAAGGACCGCGGCGUGCCGUACAUCCUCAUCCGCUAUGAGGACCUCCGCGCCAACCCCUGGGGCGAGCUCGAGCGCGUCCUCCGCUGGCUGGUGGAGAGCAGCUCGGUCGGCGACCUGGAGGGCUCGCUGGCCACGCGGCCCGAGUACCAGGAGGUCCGCGAGCGCCUGCAGCGGGACCUGGCCCACCGGCUGGCCACCUGCGCCAUCCGCUACAACCCCACGUGUGCUCUUCCGAUCUGCGAGCUCGAGCGCGUCCUCCGCUGGCUGGUGGAGAGCAGCUCGGUCGGCGACCUGGAGGGCUCGCUGGCCACGCGGCCCGAGUACCAGGAGGUCCGCGAGCGCCUGCAGCGGGACCUGGCCCACCGGCUGGCCACCUGCGCCAUCCGCUACAACCCCCUGAACCAGGGCGGCGUCGUGGCCGAUGAGGGGUACUCGCCGCGGCGCGAGGGGGGCGGCGCCGGCGGCCGCUUCGACGACGACUCCCCGGCCCUGGACAUGGUCGACCACCGGGGCGGCGACGCCCUGGGCAUGGGCGGCAUGUACGGCUGGCCGAGGCACUCCGACCGCCGGGCCUUCUCCCGCGCCCAGAUCGCCCAUGUCCUGCGCACCACCUACCCGGUCCUGUGCGAGGAGCGCGAGUUCAACUACGACGCCCUGCUGCAGGAGCGCUUCCAGAUGGGCUGCGACGACCUGCGCGGCAUCUGA